CAGAGCCUUUCAUUAAACAUACAGGAUACUUUAACCUCUUACUAAACACAAUUCAGUUUGGACGGAAAUCUGACUGCCACUAUGAAAUACUUGGCUCUGGCUGUGCUGCUAUGUGCUCUGGCGUCACUGUCAAACGCUUAUUGCUUCCAAAAGGCCAUGAAACAAGGCGUGACCCAUUGUCAGGACGAUGUGGAUCAGACGUGGCAUGCUGUGGGAGAAAGAUGGAGAAACAGUGCAUGUAUGGACUGUGACUGCAGUGGCUGCUGUUCUGCGUAUUCAAUCCCCAAACUUUUCCCUGAUGACUGCGUGUCAGUUUUUGACUCUCAUGCUUGUGAAUACAUAGUGCACAAGAAGGACGACCCAUCUGUAUUAUGUCCAAUUUAUGGAGCAGUAGGGAAGUGAUGGCUGUUGGGAAGGUCUGCAGUAUUUUCUUGGACGAGAGAGAAAGAUGGAGGUGGGAUCCCUCACAGGAAACACUGCCUGUUAUGUUGGUUGUAACACACGACCAAACAGGAAGCACAGCUGCUGAAAAUUGAAAAUGAAAUAAAAUCAAAAAAAAAUAAAGAAUUGUAAAUUUC